AUCUAUGCAAGAUACUAACAAAUGAUUUAUCUCUAUAUUCAACAGAAAUGGUUGCCAUAUUUGUUAGCUUGCAAUGGAUAGAGGAGUUGUAAACAAGAAGGUCAGUAAUAUGUUGGGACUGUGUAGUUUACGAUCUGGGAGGUCAGAAUGUGAGGAUUUAUGGGUAGACAUAAUGAUGCUGUUGUUAGGGUAACAAGGAAAUGGUAUUCACAUCGAUUGGAUUCUGGUCAUACAGGAGUUUAUGGACAUGAUGUAGUAGAUAUAACAACACAAAGAGCAUAGACACUUAAAUAUUGUGUAUUUACAGGUGAGGUUGUUCAGAGGGGAAAUUAAAACGUUGAUUCUGAAAAAUGGGUUAGAUUGCUGGCAGAUACAAUGGGACGAAAGUAGUAAGGGCAGACGUAUUUAUAGUACAAGGAAAUCUGCACGGGAGAUAGUGUCAUAUAAUGGGAACAGAAGGGAGGGAGUUAUGUCGUGUAGGAUGAGAUUAGGACAUGUGGGAUUGUAUUCCUCUUCACAUUUGAUAGGGAAACAUGGUACAGGGAUGUGUAAUGGCUGCAUGGUAGCGGAAACGGUUGAACAUGUAUUAUUAUAUUGUGAAACGUAUUAUGUAGAAAGAGAGAGGUUGUUUGACAGGGUCAGAGAGGUUGGACGUAAUGGGGAGUGGGUGGUAUUUUGUGUGUGGGUGAUGGGAGUAGUGAGGUUAGUAGUGAGAUUACAUUUGAUUAGAAAUGCAGGGUUAGUUUAGAGAAUAUAGUGGUAUAGAUAGGGAGUGACUGGCCUCACACUCCAGUGCAGUAGGUUUCGGUGUAAGCACCUGUCAGUUGGUUGCGAUUCGCCAAUAUAACUUAAAGAAAUAGAGGAAGAAGGAGGAGGUAUGGUGUCCCUGUGCAUUUCGAGAGAAUCGAAAGUGAAAGGUUGUCAGCAGCAACGCCAUAGACUCUGCCGCGUUCACUCUGAAAUUUCCGAGUUGCUAACUGGUUAUAGUUAUACACGUGCCCGCGUCAACGGAUAACAAGUCGGAAAUGUUCGAGUUUCCUAGUUCCGAUUAGCAUUUGAACGCGGCAUCAGUCUAUGCGUGACGCUGACAACUUUUCACUUUUCUAGAAAUGCAUAGUACGACCAUACUUCAGUGGUGACGACCUUAUUUUGAACAAACCGACAACCCGAUAUAGUACUGUCAUGGAGGGAACACCCGUGGAGGUGCUUGGCGUCCCCGACGAUAUCCUUGCCUCUGUUAGAAUGGUUGACAAGCUCACGAUACACUUCCAACGACCAGGGAACGGGGGAGGAGAGGUAAAGAGAGUACAGUUUCCAUCCUACAGCCCAGGACAGGCCUUUGUCAUAUUUGAGGAUCCAGAAGUGGCUGCACGUGUGUCGCAGCGGACCCAUGUCUUAGAAGUGGAUGGGCAACACUUUCCUCUUAAAAUCAGGAACGCUGACACGCCUGAGGUGGACGUGCCAGUCAAGGUCGAUCUGGAUGUGAGCAUGUUCUCCAAGGACAGCGAGGAGGUGCUCCAGCCUGUGAACGAGAUUCCCCAGCUACCCAUUCAGGGCUCCUUUCAGAAGUUCACUGCAGUGAAGGCCCAACUGCAGCAGGUCUUACCCCAGGACACAAACACCCUGCGCCACAGCAGCCCUUCGCCAUCCAGUCUCAAUAGCCAUGCCUCUGGGGCCAUUUCCAGAUCCUCAAUCCGCUGCAACCCAUUUCCCAGCCCGCAAGCAACAGGGUAUGUUGGGGACAACUUGACCCAUGUCAGGAACACAUCCCCCAAACCAGUGGAACCCAUCUCCCAGACCAGUGGAACCCAUCCCCCAAACCAGUGGAACCCAUCCCCCAAACCAGUGGAACCCAUCUCCCAGACCCCAUCCCCCAAACCAGUGGAACCCAUCUCCCAGACCCCAUCUCCCAGUGAGGUCUUCUUCAUAACGGACACAGAUGUGCUCCGUUAUGCCCAGUGCGUCAGGAAAAAGGACAUUGAUUCCAUUCUUGGAGGCCACACAACUCAAAUGGAUGUUAAGCCAGCUGAAGGUUCAGACCUCCACUAUGUUUUCAUUGAAGGGAAGAGUCCAGAGGGGGUUAUGGAAAAGCUGCAGGUUUUUUUCAACAAGCUUCAUUUAAGACUACGAACUCAAGAAAUCCCACUAUGGACACUCGAUCGCGACCGACAGGUUAGAAUUCAUCAACUGGUUCAGAAGUAUAAUAUAAUUUAUCCUACUGUCCUCGUCGAUCAGGUUGGAGAUCUCCUCCGCCUUGUAGGACCUUCCAAGGAAAGUUAUGAGAUGAAGCAGAGGCUCCUGGGAAAACCCAUAGACCUGCUACCAGCUGGGCUAACAGGGAGGGUAGUGGACAGGAGUACCCAUGGUGCUCCCAUCCCAUGGGCUCCUGGCCCCGUACCUGACCCCGUGUCUGCUACUGCACCAGAUUACUAGUAAAUUAACUACAUUUUGCAGUAGCUUGGUGGUAGUGGAACUAAAAUCAAAUCUAGAUAGUGUUUGCAGUAGUUCAUUACUUGUUGUCAUGUAGCAGUGUAGCUAACUACUGGAACUACAUACUACGUUUUACCAUGUAGUGGUGUAGCCAACUACACACUACGUUUUAGCCAUGUAGCCAACUACACACUAUGUUUUAGCCAUGUAGCCAACUACUGGAACUACACACUACGUUUUAGCCAUGUAGCCAACUACACACUAUGUUUUAGCCAUGUAGCCAACUACUGGAACUAUACACUAUGUUUUAGCCAUGUAGCCAACUACUGGAACUACACACUAUGUUUUAGCCAUGUAGCCAACUACUGGAACUACAUACUACGUUUUAGCCGUGUAGCCAACUACUGGAACUACACACUACGUUUUAGCCGUGUAGCCAACUACUGGAACUACACACUACGUUUUAGCCGUGUAGCCAACUAUUGGAACUACACACUACGUUUUAGUCGUGUAGCCAACUACUGGAACUACACACUACGUUUUAGUCGUGUAGCCAACUACUGGAACUAUACACUACAUUUUUGGCUAAAAUAAAAUGAGUGAAGUAGGCCAUAAUUUCCAUUUUUGGGCAUCAGACCAACCCGUUUCUCACUUGAAACCUCGUUUUUGUGUUUAGGCUAAAUGACACAUUCUGUUAAUAUAUGACCCUAAAGUGAUCUCUUAAUUUGUAGUCUGACAUUUCAGAUUUAGAUAUGAUCCCUUUUCACAAAGUAGUUUGGAUGUAGUGAACUACUUUUCAAAAUGACUGUAGUUAAGUAAACUAUUUUUCUUAACUUCUUCCAGUGUGAGGUAAUUGGUGGCUUGCUAAACUGUCUUUUCUGAGUAGUUUUCCCAACACAGAAAAAUACCAGGCUGAGCCUGGCUCCCGUUCAUCCCAGGCAAAGCUAUUCUCUGUCCUGGUACCCAAAUGGUGGAACAAGCUUCCAGUUCCCCCUAAAAUCAGGACAGCUGAGUCACUGCCCACCUUCUGAAAACCCACCUCUUCAGUAUCUUUAACUAACACCCUUGUUGACACUGGCACUACCACUACUCUUUUCUUACUAGCUUUGAUCAUUUAUUGAGGAAAAAUGUACUGACUAUGACGGUGAUAUGUGGUUGUCUCACCUAGCUAUCUUUAAGAUGGAUGCACAAACUGUGCAGUUGACUCUGGAUAAGAGUGUCUGCUGAAUGACAAAAAUGUAAUGUUUAAUGAACAUAGAAGGGGCUACAGUAGGCGCUGUGCCCUCUACACCCAGAAGUCACUCUGAUUCCCCGACUAAAAUAAAAGAGCAUAGAGUUACACGGGAGGUCUUGAGGCCAGAAAGGGCGGAUGAUGUGUUGGUGCCCUCUGCUGGAACUCAAAUGCCAGUGUUGAAAAAUAAGUCGUUACUUCCAAAAAGUCCUACUAACACAAUAGAAUGGAAGAAUGUGCUUUCAAGCAAGAAAAAAAACCCCUAACAGGUUACUAGUUUAGACGGAGACACCUGUAAUGAAAGUGGCUUGGUCUGUUUAUUUCAUAAUAUGCUGUGGGGUAAAAAUGUUCAAUUCACACGUAUACACAUUUGGUUUUGUAAGGUUUUUUCUUCUUGGACAAAUUGAUUUCUGUCUUUUCUAAUAUGUUCUUUCUCGUGAUACGAAUCUAUUCUAAAUGUGGUUUAUUUUUGUUUUGAGGGAUUGAGGGCAAUAAAAAUAUAUUAUAUGUGUGUAAA